AUGAUCUACCUCAAGACACUCCUCAACGUAAUAGACAACUCCGGCGCCCAAGUAGUUGAGUGCAUCAAAGUGCUUCGUCACAACCCCAAAUCAUGUGCCCACAUAGGUGAUCAAAUAACAUGUGUGGUCAAACAAGCCAGACCCACUAACGUUGAUUCGUCAUCAGCAUCAUCAGCCGCACAAGCUUCCAAUAGGGUAAAAAGAAGAGAUAUAUGCCGUGCCGUAGUAGUUAGACAACGAGCACCAUUCAGAAGACCUGAUGGAUCAGUGGUUAGAUUUGAUGAUAAUGCCUGUGUAUUGAUUAAUAAGAAUGGUGAACCUUUAGGAACGAGAAUUAGUUCGGUUGUUGCUAAAGAGUUGAGGGAUCUAAAUUAUAAUAAAAUUGUAUCGUUGGCUCCAAAGACGUUUUAG